AACGCCGUGCCCGACACUCAAAGCCGUCAUGCCGCGUAAUCGUGCCAACCGUGCGGGCGAGAAGGCCCGGCACGACCCGCUGGCUACCCAGCUGCGCAAGGACGAGAUCCUUGUGGACGACGAAGAGGCGGCGGCGACGGGCGGAGGAACUGGCGACGCCAAGGCCACACGCAAGCGCCGCAAGCGCCGCAUUCGCAAGAAGGAGGCGGCCAACGAAACGAACGAGUCGUAUGUGGAAGAGGCGCUGGCAAAGCGAAUCAUGAAGCAGGCUGAGGACCAGCGGCGGGAGGAGGAGAUGGAGCAGAUGCAGCGCGGCUCGUCGGCGGCGAUCGAGUUCCCGGAAGAUCCCUUGCCCGAGCCCAAGAUGUUUGCCUACGAGUCGGACGGCGAGGACUCGGUCUUCUCCGAGGACGAAGACAACUACCUCAACGACGUGGACAAGCUCUCGCCAGCUGACGAGCGGCUGCUCUCGAUGUUUACUGCCGGGUCGUCCGGCGCCCGCGCCACCCCGGCCCGCAACUUGGCCGACAUCAUCGAGGCGCGGCUGCGCGAGCGCGAGGGCGCCAUCACGCUCGGCGGCUCGGCCGUGGACGUCGGUGAGCGCCUUGGGGCCUCGCUGCCGAAAAAGGUAGUCAAGGCCUACCGCAUUGUCGGGCGUGUGCUCAAGGACUACCGCUCGGGCAAGCUGCCCAAGGCGUUCAAGAUCAUCCCUGCGCUCGAGAACUGGGAGGACAUUGUGUUCAUCACCAACCCGUCCGAGUGGUCCAAGCACGCCAUGUACCAAGCCGUCAAGGUCUUUGCCUCGAACCUCAACGCCAAGAUGGCUCAGCGGUUCUUCAACCUUGUCCUCCUCCCCUGCGUCCGCGAGGACAUCUCGGAGCAUCGCAAGCUCAACUUCCACCUGUACCAGGCACUCCGGAAGGCGCUCUACAAGCCUGCCGCCUUCUACAAGGGCUUUCUCCUUCCGCUGCUGGAAGAGGGCUGCUCCGUCCGCGAGGCCCUCAUUGUCGCCUCGGUCGUCAAGAAGUCCCGCAUCCCCAUGCUUCAUUCGGCCGCCGCCAUGCUGCGCAUGAUGGAGCUUCCCUACUCGGGUCCGGUCACCAUCAUGCUCCACACCCUGGUCGACAAAAGUACGCCCUCCCGCUCCGUGUAGUCGACGCCCUCGUCCAGUUCUUCGUUACCUUCCGUGACGUCGACCAGGAGAUGCCGCUGGUCUGGCACCGUGCCCUCCUCACCUUUGCCGAGCGCUACCGCAGCGAUCUGCAGGACUUCCAGCUUGAGCUCCUCCGCCAGCUCCUGCACAUUCAGCAACACGAGUACCUCACCGAAGACAUCCGUCGCGCCCUCUUCAACAAGCGCCGCGACGGAUCUGGCCCCGGCCCCUCGGCGGACAUGUCUGCCGCUCCCUUUGAGGGCUAUGAGAUCGCCGCCGGCCCGGCCCCGGUCUCCAUGGCCAAGGCUCCGACCUUUUCCACUCCGCUCACCAUGGACACCAACGUCUAAACACAUGUCAAACAACCAAGCGGGCAA